AUGACAAUCAACAACCCUUCAAUCCUCUACCCACGAACACCAUCCGCCCAUGUUCCGUUCAACAACCCACGAUUCCAGAAACCCUCUGCCUCUGUUCCAGCCGUUCAACACCCAAUCACCAUUACCAUCACAACCUCUCUCUGUCGAUUCAAAUUUAUUUUUGUUGUUCUGUCUGUGAAACAGCAGCAACUGCAUCAUCACCGAUUUCACCAUCGUCCUUCAUCAAUACGGCUUCCGCGAUUUCCAGCAACUCCUCCCUCUGUCCGCGAAACAACAGCAACUGCAGCAUCACCAUCCUCUAUCCAUCAAUUCUUCCCAGCAAAUCGUACACCACCAGAAGAGCCACCUCAAAGGACUGUGAUAUCUGAAAUCCCAACUACUACUGUUGACACUCAACCUAUCCAACAUACAUCUACUACAUGGCCAGAGUUUGGAUUUCCUCAUAACUACUCUCUGCCUGUUGCAAUUACUUCAAUGGUUGGCCAGUAUUCCCGACCAGUAUUUCAGGCUCCAGUUUUCACUGAACCUCAGCCAAUCGUUCAUACUUCUUCUUGUCAACCUGCUGCACAAGCUGCUUUUGGGAACCCUCUUUUUGAGUACCAUAUUGUCAGUCUUUGA